GUACGAACACAACGAAUGAUAUAGCGCGCCUCCCCAGCUCCCCAGGAACAAGCGCGCCUCCCCUAUAACUAUAACGUUGAGUUGAAUAAGGUUGAACCACGGCUAUUUGGUCUGGUUUGCGGCACUGUUUAUGCACGAACAGCUAGUACACUGUUGUCGCUCCUAGAUUAUUCAAUGGCGUGGCAGACCAGGUUGAAGAACUACGAUGCAGAGCGAAAAGAAAGGAGCAGUGUGCCUGAAGAAGUGUCUGACCACCCUCUCAGAGUAAACAUUAUUACUAUUCAAGAUGGUCGCACCAAGAGAUGCGCUGGUACGUCAAGUAGCAGUGCAUCUUCAUCCGCUUCAGGCACUCCUAGACGCACUUCUUCAUCUUGGGGUGGUUUGGAUUCCCUGUCUAGCCUUCAUCCUUUAAGUAGUGCUUUGGAAGGGUUGGACCCUCUCACAAUGAUGAGUGCAGAAGAAACCGUUGACAAGAAUGAGUCCAGUAUAACAAAGAGUGCCUCACUGGAAGAAAGCUUUGAGCCAUGGGCCAUCAAAAAAUCUGGAAUCCUUGCUAGAUACUCAACAUCCGAAAAGCUGUCAAUCACAACCAGCUUCCUUUCUGGUGGGGAAAAGGUUGUAGUGAAAGCACAAGGUUCUGUCAGCGAUAAGGUGAAGAAUCGUUUGGAGCAGCUUGAUGACUUUGAAGAGGGUUCCGUAAAGGAAAUGUUGAACCUCUCUCAGCAAGAGUACAUCAUACGAAUUGAGGAACUCAACCAAGCCUUGAAGGAAGCUUGGGAGCAGGACCAGAAAGUCAAAGCCCUCAAAAUUGCUAUCCAGUGUUCGAAGCUCCUGGUUGACACAUCGGUCAUUCAAUUUUACCCAAGCAAAUUCGUACUGAUCACGGAUAUACUGGACAACUUCGGAGAUUUGGUGUACCAGAGAAUACAUUCCAAAGCAGAGUACAUAAGGCCUGGAACACGUGUUGCUGUGCCUCUACCAGAAAACUUCACACCAGAUCAAGUUCCUGAAUCAGCCAAAGAGACAUGUCGAAACUGGUUCUUUAAGAUUGCAUCAGUACGGGAGCUGAUUCCACGGUUUUACGUCGAAACGGCUAUUUUGAGGUCCUACAGCUUCCUGACACAAAAAGAAUACUCACGAGCGCUUAUGAGGCUUACAAGGGUGAUAUGCGGCAUUGGGGAUCCACUUGUUGCAGCAUAUGCUCGAUGCUAUCUCUGUCGUGUUGGAAUGUCAGUUGCUCCUCAGGUUCGUGAACAUGUUCUUGAAAACUUCUGGGAUUUCUUGCUUACUUAUCCCCAGAUUCAACGGCCACUCGUACAAACCACCCUUGCGCAGCAGCACAUGAACAUGGCCACCUACUUAACACUGUACUGUCCUGCUUUGGACUGGGUUCUUCAGUGUGGUUCAUACAGAGCACCUGAGAGCAUUCUAACUCAAGUACUUGCAAAGUGUAAAUUACAGUGUCAUAGUGGCCUUCUCCUCAACUCUAUUAUGACUGCAUUCAAGCCAGAGUUCAUUGCACGUCGGGCACUGGAGUUUGUGACCAUUAUGAAAGACUGUGAUGAUUCUGCCUUUCCUAAACACAUCUUGUUCCGUACCCUGGGGUUGUGCCUGAUUGUGUCUGAUCCACCAGAGGACCAUAAGCUGCAAGUGCUGAAUGAAGUCUGGAAAAUAGUUUCAAAACUUCGAUGUCCUGUGGAGUAUAUGAGCUGCGCAGAAGUCUGGAUCGAGUACCCAUGCAAGCACUUUUCGAAACGAGAAAUCAACACAUUCCUUGGUUCAGUAAUCAAGCAGUUGACACCAGACCGUGCAUUUGAAGGUCACUAUGCACAGUUGGCAACAAUUGUCAACAGAAUCCUGGCCCAUGUACAUGAUUUUUCGGCCCUUUUUUCUAUGGAGAACUUCCUUCCUUUCCUGGACCUCCUUCAAAAAGAGUCGUCAAAAGUGGAUGUUUGCAAGAACAUCAUGGAAUCGUUCCUCAAACACCAGAAGGAGCCUACACACGAUCCAGUUAUUGUCAAUGCUUUGAUGUAUAUCUGCAAGGCAAUGCACAACUCAGUUGACGCUCUGACACUUGAAGAUGAGAAACGACAGAUAGGAGCUCUCAUCUGUGGAUUCCUACAUUGUGUGAGCUUCGGACGUGAUUUUGAACAACAGCUUUCAUUUUAUGUUGAUGCAAGAGCAGCUUUCUCCACUUUGGAUGCUGUGCUCAUGCAGCUGGUUCAAAGUGUCAGUCUGCUUGCAAUGUGCACACGACAAGUUGUGAAAGGCCACCACACACGAAAGACAUCUGCAUUUGUGAAGGCAUGUGCAGCAUAUUGCUUUAUUACCAUUCCAUCAUUGGACAGUGUUCUAAACCGCUUGGAACUUUGCCUGUUGUCCGGACAAGUUGCCCUACUCAACCAGUGCCUGUCGCAAGCUGAUGCUUCUUUCAAGGCAGCCAUCAGCCUGCUGCCUGAAAUGCCAAACACCAUUGAACUUGAGGGAAAGCAUCGAAGCACAGAACCGUUCCUACUGUCAUAUAUUAACAACUUCUUGUCAACGCUACUUUAUGUCCCAGACAAUCCUGAACAUGAACCACUGUACUUGCUUCGAGGACUGCUGAACGUGGUCCAGGACUAUGUUUGGGACAGUCACUGUGACUCACGAGCCCUUGUUUACCUUAAUGUGAUGAACUUGCUCUCUGCAAUGAUACAGGAUAGCUACCUCUACCACGUUGACAAAGUGGAUUCCAACGACACACUUUAUGGAGGUGAUCCCAAAUUCACAAAUGAAGUCAAUGAACUUUGCCAAACUGUUCUGGAUGAACUGCUGUGUCACUUGAAACAACUGGGAGACUCUGGGCAAUAUAAAAGACAGGCUGUGUUGGCCUUAGAGCUACUAUACCGAAUCGUCAUCAAUGGUGAUCUGCACAGCAGGCAGCUGAUGGGACUCUGCAUCAACCUCUGGAACCUUGCACACAGACACGCCACAGUAGACCACAGGAUGUCAGUGAGAUGCAUUGAAUUUAUCAAGCAGAAGGGAACAAAGCCCAAGGGAAAGCCUUUCGCAGAACUGGCAUCAAAGUUGCAGAUACCAAGCACAGUGUAGAUUAUGCUAAAUAAACUGACCUGAUGUAGGUAAAAGCUA